ACUGCCUGGACCCCUCGGUCCACAGGGGCACACGGGCCCUAACGGCCGGCCAGGAGACCAUGGCCUCCAGGGUCCUAAAGGAGAGAAAGGAGACCGUGGUAGAGGAGGCUUUAUGGGUCCAAAAGGAAGUGUGGGAAUGGAGGGUGUCCCAGGGUUUAAUGGAGCAGAUGGUGUUCCGGGCCAUCCCGGGCCAUCUGGGCCUCGAGGAAAACCAGGGGCUGACGGUUGCAACGGAACCCGGGGAGAAUCAGGAACAUCAGGCCUUCCAGGAAUUGAUGGUGGAUCUGGAAUAUCAGGUGGGCCAGGAAUGAAGGGAGAGAAGGGUGACCCUUUGGAUCUGUGGAUCUAUAUGGAAACAUUAAGGGGUGAUCCAGGACCACCAGGUUUUCCAGGAUUAGCUGGUCCAACUGGUAACCCGGGGUACAGAGGAGUGCCAGGAACCCAAGGUUAUUGGGGUCCAAAUGGCAUUAAAGGUUUUAAAGGACAAAAGGGUGAGAGCAGUAAAAAAAUAAAAGGAAUGAAAGGAGAAUUGGGUGAGACUGGAGAGCCGGGCCCACCAGGACCUUACUCAGAAGUCCGUACAAUCCCUCCAGAAUGGCAGGGCGAAAAGGGCUUUAAAGGUUCUAAAGGUGAAGCAGGAGAUAUGGGCUAUUUACCUACCAAAGGAGAGACGGGUGUGUCAGGGUUUCCAGGACAACGGGGAUACCCAGGGCGAAAUGGCUUGCCAGGACCAACGGGUGACACUGGACUACCAGGUUUCCCAGGAAAUUUUGGCCGCAAGGGAGAAAGAGGAGAACCUGGAGAGCUGACAGGACCUUUUGGUGAUGACGGAGACACCCUGGGUCCUCCAGGCCCGCCGGGAGAGCGCGGGCCAAUCGGAAAUUAUGGUGCUAAGGGCGUUAAAGGACAGCCGGGUCCCCCAGGCCCCCCUGCCACUGAACAACAACAAGUGGAUUUAUGGGGUCCUGAAGGACCACAGGGAUCAAAGGGAGGCAAAGGUGAAGCUGGAGAACCUGGUAACCCUGCCGCGGAGCCUGGGCCACCUGGCGUCGAUGGGCUGCCUGGAUUUCCUGGACCACCUGGACCCAAGGGAUCAUUGGAAGAAUUCUUCAAAGGUGCACCGGGAUCACGUGGACGUCCAGGAAGUGCAGGGAAAAAGGGACCAAAGGGUGACCAUGGUCCUUGUGAUUGUGAUGUAAAAUCCCCGCCUGGUCCUCCGGGUCCUCCUGGUGAUGAUGGGGAUAUUGGCAUGAUAGGCGAGUGGGGUCAGCAGGGUGAUCAGGGAGAGCCGGGAACCACAGGUGUGAAUGGGAUGCCUGGUUUCCCUGGUGUAAGAGGAUCACCUGGCCCCAAAGGCAUAAAAGGAGAAUCAAGAUUCGCUACUCAGAAAGGACAACAUGGUGACCCAGGGGUCCCAGGUGUAAGUGGCUCUCCAGGAGUGCAAGGAAGGCCUGGGCUUGACGGAAGAAAUGGUGAACCAGGUUUUCAAGGACCUACUGGGGAGGGUCCGGUAGGUGAGCCUGGAGACAAAGGAUACCAGGGUGGGGAUGGUCCUCCGGGUCUAAUAGGUCCAAAAGGACAACCUGGUCAAGUUCUCAGAGCAACUAAAGGUCUAAGGGGUCUUCCUGGAGAUGAAGGACGAGCUGGUGUCGAGGGAGAUCAAGGAUUACCUGGUAUCCCAGGAGACUGUAGUGCACAAGGAGAAGAUCAGUGGAGUAUUUCAGUGGAAUGUAUUGGUGAUCCUGGGCCACCUGGAGAGAGAGGGCAGCCUGGACUUCCAGGGUUAGAUGGAUUUCCAGGACUGCCGGGUGAAAAAGGUUCACCGGGUCUUUUUGGAGAACUUGGAGCCAAAGGAGAAAAAGGUCAACCAGGAAGAGGAGGCCCACCUGGGCCAAGAGGUUUUGUUGGACCUCGGGGUGACUUAGGAUUUCCUGGCACCAAAGGUGUGGAAGGAACUCCAGGUCUUUCUGGCCAACCAGGUUUGGAUGGUCUUUUAGGGGGAAAAGGUGAACAUGGUGAAGUUUUAGGAGCUUCUCAUGGCACCGCUGGAGACCCGGGACUGCCUGGACAGAGGGGUGUCACUGGUCUUCCAGGAGACCCAGGACCUCAAGGACACCAAGGAAUGGAGGGAAUGCCAGGCAUGAUUGGCCUUAGGGGUGAAAGUGGUCCUCCAGGUCUUCAAGGAGAGAUAGGAACUACUGGGCCACCAGGAACAUUUGGCUUUCCUGGCCAGCCUGGUCAAGUAGGACCUCCCGGGCCAUCUGGAAAAACUGGAGAACCAGGUCCAAGUGGAGAAAGUGGAGAUCAGGGAGACCCAGGCUUUUCUGGGCCCACAGGAAUAAAGGGUGUCACUGGAGAACCGGGAAAAUUUGGUCUACAAGGAAAUCCUGGGUCACCAGGAGACCAAGGACAACAGGGGGCAUUUGGUAUUGAUGGCCUAACAGGUUUAAAAGGGUCCAAAGGUGGUCAGGGCAUGACAGGUUUCCCUGGAAUGCCUGGUGAGCAUGGUUUUAAGGGCAUUUCUGGACUGAAAGGAACAUUAGGUGAUCCAGGACACCAAGGUGCAAAAGGAUAUCCUGGCAGUCCAGGUCUAAGAGGUGACAGAGGGUUGAUGGGGCCUCCAGGUGAAAAGCUAGAUGUUUAUAUGACACCACAUAUGAAAGAGGUCAUGAAAGGAGCUAAAGGUGACCAUGGAAAAAUGGGAGAUUCUGGCUUCACUGGUCCCAGAGGUACAAAAGGUUUUCCAGGUUUUCCAGGAAUAGAGGGUAAAGAUGGACAUCCGGGUAAACCCAGUGAUACCAAAGGUACUGCAGGUUUCCCUGGAGUAGAAGGAUUUCCAGGCCAAAAGGGAAUGCCAGGGUAUAAAGGAGAGUCUGGAAUUGAAGGUUUUCCUGGAAUGCCUGGACCCAGGGGUGAAAAAGGCAAGUCUGGUGCUUAUGGACGGACUGGAGAAUCUGGAAUCAAGGGAAUAAAAGGUGAAUUUGGUCCUGCCAUUUCUCUUCCGGGAGCAACGGGACUGAGAGGUGAAACCGGCCUGCCUGGACCUUUUGGUGAAAAGGGACUCAUAGGUAAAACUGGAGACAGAGGAGGUCCUGGUUUUGAUGGCAUCGAAGGGAUGAAAGGCUAUGCUGGAGAACCUGGAAAAGUUGGACUACCAGGCUCUGAUGGCCUACAAGGUUUCCCAGGAACCCAGGGUCAAAAGGGCUGGCCUGGUGUGCCUGGACAGGCAGGAACCCCUGGAAUCCAAGGCCAACCAGGACAAAAAGGAUUUCCUGGCCUUAAAGGCAUUUUUGGAUUGGAUGGCCUAAAAGGUCAAAAGGGUAUCAAGGGUGUUGCAGGUUCUGACAGGUUGGGUCCUUCUGGUGAGCCAGGAGCAAAAGGAGAGAAAGGAGAGACUGGCAUCUCCAGCACAGAGUCUGGUGUCCCGGGAAAGGUGGGAUUGAAGGGUUUCGUUGGAGAUCCAGGAAAUAAGGGUGAAUCUGGGCAUCCUGGUGCACCGGGGCCUCAGGGUCAACAAGGAUUCUCUGAUAUAAAAGGAGUGCGAGGCGACUAUGGCUAUCCAGGUUCACAAGGACUUCCAGGUUUUCCUGGUCCCAGAGGGGUCCCAGGUGACCCGUCUCCAUUUGGAGCAAAAGGACAGAAAGGUAUUCCAGGUGAUUUUGGAUUUACUGGAGAAAAAGGAGUCCAAGGGGAUGCAGGACACAAAGGACCGUCAGGGGAACCUGGAGUAUCAGGAAGAAAAGGUGAAAAAGGAGAACCGGGAAUGAUGGGAUACCCAGGAAGGCGUGGUUUUGAAGGCGAUAGGGGCCCUGUUGGACCUAAAGGAGAUACCGGACCCCCAGGGAUUCCUGGCUUACCUGGUGCCAAAGGGCUUCCACCAGUUCCACAGAAACUACCAGGUGAGAGAGGGCCGUCUGGUCUGAUGGGUAUUCAAGGACCACAGGGAAGAAAUGGAAACCCAGGCCCUGUUGGACCUCCUGGGGAUGCAGGGGUUUGGGGUCCAAAGGGUGAAAAAGGCAUGCCAGGUCUUCCUGGAAUACCAGGAAACCCAGGGUUUCGUGGAGAUCCUGGACAAAUAGGUCACCCCGGUCUUCAAGGCGAAGAAGGAACCCGAGGGGGCCCUGGUUCACCUGGUCCUAUCGGGAUGCCUGGGCGCAGUGUCAGCGUUGGCUACCUGCUGGUGAAGCACAGUCAGUCUGAGCAGAUCCCCAUGUGCCCUGUGGGCAUGUCCAAGUUAUGGGACGGUUACAGUCUUCUGUACUUUGAGGGACAGGAGAAGGCCCACAACCAAGAUCUUGGUCUAGCCGGGUCCUGUCUCCCCCGAUUUAACACCAUGCCCUUCCUGUACUGCAAUCCCGGAGACGUGUGCUACUACGCCAGCCGCAAUGACAAAUCCUAUUGGCUGUCCACCACCGCACCGAUUCCCAUGAUGCCCGUGGAGGAGACCGAAAUAAAACCAUACAUCAGCCGCUGCUCCGUGUGUGAAGCUCCAUCUGUGGCCAUCGCCAUCCACAGUCAAGAUAUAACAAUCCCACAGUGCCCGGCGGGCUGGAGAAGUCUCUGGAUUGGCUACUCGUUCCUUAUGCACACGGCAGCUGGAGAUGAAGGCGGCGGUCAGUCUCUGGUCUCCCCAGGAUCCUGUCUAGAAGAUUUCCGCACAACUCCCUUCAUCGAGUGUAACGGGGCCAAGGGUACGUGCCACUAUUUCGCCAACAAGCAGAGUUUCUGGUUGACAUCCAUCGAACAGACCUUCCAGAGUUCCCCGAUCUCUGAGACCCUAAAGGCCGGUCAGCUUUUGGCACGCAUCAGCCGCUGCCAAGUGUGCAUGAAGAACCUGUGAGCUGUAACCCAUGAACGACUUUGACACUAUUGCAGCAGACCGAUCCCUGCCAAUACUUCAUUCCAAACGUCAAGCGGACGUCACAAGUUAGGCUUUUGAAAUUACUUAAUGUAUUUAAUGUAUCACAUAUGACGCCCCCUUCAACACUACUGUGUGCCUUAUGACUGAAGAUAUGUACAUGUGCAUAAUGAGAAGCAAAACGCCAGAGGUGCAUGAAAGAAUCGAUAUUUCACAGAAUUAUUUACUUUUAUAUAUAUAUGAAAUGGUGCUUAGUUUCUAACUUAUUACCUCAGCAUUAUCAGACCUUAAUUAAUAUUACCAAAAACAUACAGCUGAACCAAAGAAGCCCGUGCUUAUGCACUUCUCCACCCUUCUGUGUUAUGAGUAGCACUUUGUGAAUAGAGGGGUUGGGAAUUAAGAACAGGUUCUUAUUCAAAACAAGUUUUUUUUUUCUUUGUUUUUUGUAAAGGCGCUAUCUAUUUACACUAAACACAGGUAACAGACUUUUAUUUACUCUCAAUGCAGUUAGCAUCGAAGCUAACAUGAAACAUUCUCAAGAUGCUCUCAAAGUUCAAACUUUUCCCGUUUUUAGUCAUUUUCUUCUGAAACAAUUGGACAGUCAUUUAACUUUUUAAAUGUUAAUAGCCGUUUCUUGAAUUUUCAGAGAUGUAGCAUUUCCAUAAUGUUUAGCAAAAUGACUCGGAAAUGAAAACGCGAUCUUUGAUUUCUCGUAAAUGUUAUGUUUUUUUGGGGGGGGUUUCAGUUCUGUUAACGAUUCUGAAACAUCUGCAUUCGCCAUAAUAAAAUAUGCCAAGCCGAUCCAUGUUAACCUAGUGCAAGUGAAUCAGCUUUCUAUUAUCAAUCGUUUGAUUCGAUUAAAAACAAACGCAGACGUGGCGCAUGACGCGCAUCAUAAAAAUGUAAUUUGAAGCAGGGCUGUUGGUUUAAUAAAUACAACAAAGAUUUACAAAGACAGCAAAAUAUAAUCUUCAUCAUUCGAGAAGGUUUCUAAGGAUUGUGACUGAAAAUUGUUUUCCAAUCAUUGUUCAUUCUCUCUUUAAAAAUGACUAAAACAAUCAAAAGAGCCACUGAGUCAAAAAACUGAAUCAGAAUCAAAACCAGAAUCAUUUUCAUCUAUCAGGAUCACCGGCAUAGUGCUUAACUGUAUCGCUACUUUAAAUACAGCGUCUUCUGUUAAUAUUUAUGCUUAUAUAAAUAUAAUUUCACCAAACUUACACUAACACCUUCUGCUGCCUGUACAUUAUUUUUGCUUUAAACUGAACAGCUCAGCAUCAAGUAUUACCCCGUAUUGUAUAAUGUUGUCACCUGACGCCAUUUAUCAGUUACAAACAAAGAGUAUGGUGUUCAUUGGGUAUUCCAUUUCAUAAAAGGUCAUAAACUCUGAGACUUGAAGCUUUUAACUAGAGUUUUGUCCAGUCAGGAGACUCUGGAUUGUGGUUUGAGAUGAGCACAGAUUGCACUGAUUUUCUCUGAGGUUUACAGGACACAUGUUCAGGUCAUUAGAAGACUCGGCUUCAAUCUUUGUCCCGCUUUCACGCGCUCAAACAGGCUGUAUCUUCUGUAAACAAAGUCUAGGAACAACGGCCGAAGCAAAUGUGGGUCACCUAAAUGCGGUCCAGCUAUUUUGGACUUCGAGCAGCUUUGCCCAUUUUCAGUGCACAUUGCACAAGUAUUAUCGUCCUGAAACCACUAACCCGUAUUCGACACAUUUAAAGAGAACCAGAAACGAUUAUAAUUCAAAACACUUUUCGCAUUGAAAACGCGUCACUGCUUUUUUGUAUCGGAUGUACUUUAAAUGUAAUUAUGUGGAAUAUUUGAAGACGUCGAUUUUGAUUUGAAGUGUUAUUGAGUAAAAGAACAAUAAAUGCUUUUUGUUUGUUA